AUGACUGAAUAUUCUUCUUCUAUUUUUGUUUUAUUCUUUUUAUCUGAAUAUGCUUCUAUUUUAUUUUUAUCAACUUUAACUUCUAUCUUAUUCUGA